AUGGUGGCUCUUUCCUUGAAGAUCUGUGUCCGUCAGUGCAAUGUGGUGAAGACGAUGCAGUUUGAGCCAUCCACUGCUGUGUACGAUGCCUGCAGAGUUAUUCGUGAGCGAGUGCCAGAGGCUCAAACAGGGCAGGCCUCUGACUAUGGAUUGUUCUUGUCAGAUGAUGAUCCUCGGAAAGGUAUAUGGCUGGAGGCUGGAAGAACACUGGAUUAUUACAUGCUGAGAAAUGGGGAUGUAUUGGAGUACAAAAAGAAACAGAGACCUCAGAAAAUACGUAUGUUGGAUGGUUCAGUGAAAACAGUCAUGGUGGAUGAUUCUAAAACAGUGGGUGAAUUGCUGGUUACCAUUUGCAGCAGGAUAGGAAUAACAAAUUAUGAGGAAUAUUCAUUAAUCCAGGAAAACAUUGAAGAGAAGAAAGAGGAAAGUACAGGAACACUAAAGAAAGAUAGGACACUGCUACGUGAUGAAAGAAAAAUGGAAAAACUGAAGGCAAAGCUUCAUACAGAUGAUGAUUUAAAUUGGCUGGAUCACAGCCGGACCUUCAGAGAGCAAGGAGUGGAUGAAAAUGAAACACUGCUCUUGAGACGAAAGUUCUUUUAUUCAGACCAGAAUGUAGAUUCAAGAGAUCCCGUUCAGCUUAAUUUGCUUUAUGUCCAGGCUCGUGAUGACAUUCUGAAUGGUUCCCAUCCUGUCUCCUUUGAGAAGGCUUGUGAAUUUGGAGGCUUUCAAGCACAGAUCCAGUUUGGACCUCAUGUAGAACACAAACAUAAACCUGGAUUUUUAGACCUGAAAGAAUUCCUGCCUAAAGAAUAUACCAAACAAAGAGGGGCUGAAAAGAGAAUAUUUCAGGAGCACAAAAACUGUGGUGAGAUGACUGAAAUAGAAGCCAAAGUGAAGUAUGUGAAGCUGGCACGUUCCCUGCGCACCUACGGGGUGUCGUUUUUCCUUGUUAAGGAAAAAAUGAAAGGCAAAAACAAGCUGGUUCCUCGUUUGCUGGGGGUCACCAAAGACUCAGUGAUGCGUGUGGAUGAGAAGACCAAAGAAGUGUUGCAGGAAUGGCCACUGACAACUGUGAAACGCUGGGCUGCCUCACCUAAAAGCUUCACUCUGGAUUUUGGUGAAUAUCAGGAAAGCUAUUACUCAGUACAGACCACUGAAGGAGAACAGAUCUCUCAAUUAAUUGCAGGUUACAUUGAUAUCAUCCUAAAGAAGAAACAAAGUAAAGAUAGAUUUGGGCUUGAAGGUGAUGAGGAAUCAACCAUGCUGGAAGAAUCUGUUUCUCCUAAGAAAUCCACCAUUCUGCAGCAGCAGUUUAACCGUGCUGGGAAAGUGGAGCACGGCUCCGUGGCACUGCCAGCUGUGAUGCGCUCUGGCUCCAGUGGUCCCGAGACUUUCAACAUAGGCAUCAUGCCUUCUCCUCAGCAGCAAGUCACAACUGGCCAGAUGCACAGAGGACAUAUGCCCCCACUUACCUCAGCUCAGCAGGCCCUGAUGGGGACCAUCAACACCAGCAUGCACGCGGUGCAGCAGGCACAGGCCGACCUCAGCGAAGUGGAUAACCUGCCUCCCCUGGGGCAGGACAUGGCAUCAAGAGUAUGGGUUCAGAACAAGGUUGAUGAGUCAAAACAUGAAAUACACUCUCAAGUUGAUGCAAUCACUGCAGGAACUGCAUCUGUUGUUAACCUUACAGCAGGGGACCCAGUCGACACUGAUUACACUGCUGUGGGAUGUGCGAUUACAACCAUCUCCUCCAACCUCACUGAGAUGUCCAAAGGUGUGAAACUGCUUGCUGCUCUCAUGGAUGAUGAAAUUGGAAGUGGAGAAGACCUCCUGAAAGCUGCUCGAACCUUGGCCAGUGCUGUCUCAGACUUGCUGAAGGCUGUGCAACCUACUUCAGGAGAGCCUCGCCAGACAGUUUUGACUGCAGCUGGAAGCAUUGGACAAGCAAGUGGGGAGCUACUGAGACAAAUUGGAGAGAAUGAAACAGAUGAAAGGUUCCAGGAUGUUCUGAUGAGUUUGGCCAAAGCUGUUGCCAAUGCUGCUGCCAUGGUCGUGCUGAAGGCCAAGAAUGUAGCACAGGUGGCUGAGGACACUGUCCUGCAGAACAGGGUCAUUGCUGCUGCUACCCAGUGUGCACUCUCUACUUCCCAGCUUGUGGCUUGUGCUAAGGUGGUGAGUCCCACCAUCAGCUCCCCAGUGUGUCAGGAACAGCUGAUUGAGGCAGGGAAGCUGGUGGACCGCUCCGUGGAGAACUGCGUGCGGGCCUGCCAGGCUGCUACGGACGACAGUGAGUUGCUGAAGCAGGUCAGUGCAGCUGCCAGCAUCGUCAGCCAGGCCCUCCAUGACCUCCUGCAGCAUGUGCGCCAGUUCGCCAGCAGGGGGGAGCCCAUCGGACGCUAUGACCAGGCCACUGACACUAUCAUGUGUGUCACUGAGAGCAUCUUCAGCUCCAUGGGAGAUGCUGGUGAAAUGGUGCGGCAGGCGAGGGUGCUGGCUCAGGCAACCUCGGAUCUUGUCAAUGCUAUGAGGUCUGAUGCAGAAGCAGAGAUUGACAUGGAGAACUCCAAGAAGCUCCUGGCUGCUGCAAAGCUCCUGGCAGAUUCCACAGCCCGCAUGGUUGAAGCUGCGAAGGGAGCUGCAGCCAAUCCUGAAAAUGAGGAUCAGCAGCAGCGUCUGAGAGAAGCAGCAGAAGGACUGCGGGUUGCUACAAAUGCUGCUGCACAGAAUGCCAUCAAGAAGAAAAUUGUCAGCAGAUUAGAGAUUGCAGCUAAACAAGCUGCAGCUGCUGCUACUCAGACUAUUGCAGCUUCUCAGAAUGCAGCUGUUUCCAAUAAGAACACAGCAGCCCACCAGCAACUGGUACAGAGCUGCAAGAAUGUUGCAGACCACAUUCCUCAGCUGGUGCAGGGUGUAAGAGGAAGUCAAGCUCAGGCAGAAGACCUCAGUGCCCAGCUUGCGUUAAUAAAUUCCAGCCAGAAUUUCCUUCAGCCUGGAAGUAAAAUGGUGGCAUCUGCUAAAGCUGCUGUCCCCACAGUGACUGAUCAAGCAGCAGCAAUGCAGCUCAGUCAGUGUGCAAAGAAUCUUGCUACCAGCUUGGCUGAGCUACGAACUGCCUCCCAGAAGGCUCAUGAAGCUUGUGGCCCAAUGGAAAUUGAUUCUGCUUUGAAUACAGUCCAGACACUCAAAAAUGAACUGCAAGAUGCGAAGAUGGCAGCUCUGGAUGGACAGUUGAAACCUCUCCCAGGAGAAACUCUUGAGAAAUGCACUCAGGACCUGGGAAGCACAUCCAAAGCAGUUGGCUCUUCAAUGGCCCAGUUGUUAACUUGUGCUGCUCAGGGCAACGAGCACUACACAGGAGUUGCUGCCAGAGAAACUGCUCAGGCCUUGAAGACUUUGGCUCAGGCAGCACGAGGAGUUGCAGCAUCAACCACUGACCCUGUGGCAGCCCGUGCGAUGCUGGAUUCAGCCAGGGAUGUCAUGGAAGGCUCUGCAAUGCUGAUUCAAGAGGCCAAGCAGGCCCUGGCUGUCCCAGGGGAUGCAGACAGUCAGCAGAGAUUAGCCCAGGUGGCAAAAGCGGUGUCUCACUCCUUGAAUAACUGUGUGAAUUGUCUGCCUGGACAAAAGGAUGUGGACGUGGCCUUAAAGAGUAUUGGGGAAUCCAGCAAGAAGCUCCUUGUUGAUUCGCUACCUCCAAGUUCUAAGUCAUUUCAAGAAGCUCAGAGUGAACUGAACCAGGCAGCAGCAGACCUGAAUCAGUCAGCUGGAGAAGUUGUCCAUGCUACGCGUGGCCAAAGUGGGGAGCUGGCUGCAGCCUCUGGGAAAUUCAGUGAUGACUUUGAUGAGUUUCUUGAUGCUGGUAUUGAAAUGGCUGGCCAAGCGCAAACUAAAGAGGACCAGAUUCAAGUCAUAGGUAACCUCAAGAGCAUUUCUAUGGCUUCCAGCAAGCUGUUACUGGCUGCCAAGUCUCUGUCUGUUGAUCCUGGAGCUCCUAAUGCCAAGAACCUCUUAGCAGCAGCAGCAAGAGCUGUGACUGAGAGUAUAAACCAGCUCAUCACACUGUGCACCCAACAAGCUCCCGGGCAGAAGGAAUGUGAUAAUGCACUCAGAGAAUUGGAGACAGUUAAGGGAAUGCUGGAUAACCCAAAUGAACCUGUGAGUGAUCUCUCGUAUUUUGAUUGUAUUGAGAGCGUAAUGGAAAAUUCAAAGGUUCUUGGAGAAUCAAUGGCGGGCAUUUCCCAGAAUGCAAAAACUGGGGAUCUUUUAGUUUUUGGAGAAUGUGUUGGAGUUGCAUCCAAGGCUCUUUGUGGCCUCACAGAGGCAGCAGCUCAGGCUGCUUACCUGGUUGGUAUCUCAGACCCAAACAGCCAAGCUGGUCAGCAGGGCCUUGUUGACCCAAUUCAAUUUGCCCGUGCCAACCAAGCGAUCCAGAUGGCGUGUCAGAACCUGGUAGAUCCAGCGAGCAGCCCAUCACAGGUCUUAUCAGCUGCCACAAUUGUGGCCAAACACACGUCUGCUCUGUGCAAUGCUUGUCGCAUCGCCUCAUCAAAAACAGCAAAUCCUGUUGCCAAGAGACACUUUGUGCAGUCUGCCAAGGAAGUUGCAAACAGCACUGCUAACCUGGUUAAAACUAUCAAGGCACUCGACGGAGAUUUCUCUGAGGAGAACCGCAACAAGUGCAGAAUUGCCACUGCCCCUUUAAUAGAGGCUGUGGAAAAUUUGACAGCAUUUGCUUCAAACCCGGAAUUUGUCAGUAUCCCAGCACAGAUCAGCACUGAGGGAUCACGAGCACAGGAGCCAAUUCUGGUUUCUGCUAAGACAAUGUUGGAGAGCUCAUCUUCAUUGAUCAAAACUGCUCGUUCUCUGGCUAUCAAUCCCAAAGACCCUCCUACAUGGUCUGUACUAGCAGGGCAUUCCCAUACAGUCUCAGAUUCUAUCAAGAGUCUUAUUACCUCUAUCAGGGACAAGGCCCCAGGGCAGCGAGAAUGUGAUUUCUCCAUCGAUGGGAUCAACAGAUGCAUCAGGGACAUUGAGCAGGCCUCGCUCGCCGCUGUCAGCCAGAGCCUGGCCACCAGGGAUGACAUCUCCGUGGAGGCUCUACAGGAGCAGCUGACAUCAGUUGUACAGGAAAUUGGCCACCUCAUUGAUCCCAUAGCCACCGCGGCUCGUGGAGAGGCAGCUCAGCUGGGGCACAAGGUAACACAGCUGGCAAGUUACUUCGAACCCCUUGUUUUAGCUGCAGUUGGUGUGGCAUCCAAGACACUGAAUCAUCAGCAACAGAUGACUGUGUUGGACCAGAGCAAAACUCUAGCAGAAUCUGCCUUACAGAUACUGUAUGCUGCCAAAGAAGGGGGAGGAAACCCCAAGGCAUCUCAUACUCAUGAUGCCAUCACUGAGGCUGCACAGCUGAUGAAGGAGGCUGUGGAUGAUAUCAUGGUCACUUUAAAUGAAGCUGCAAGUGAAGUUGGCAUGGUUGGAGGUAUGGUAGACUUGAUUGCAGAGGCAAUGACCAAGCUGGAUGAAGGUACACCUCCAGAUCCAAAAGGAACUUUUGUUGAUUAUCAGACCACUGUGGUGAAAUAUUCUAAAGCCAUUGCUGUUACAGCACAGGAAAUGAUGACUAAGUCGGUUACUAACCCGGAGGAGCUGGGAGGACUUGCAUCGCAAAUGACCAAUGACUAUGGGCAUUUGGCUCUGCAGGGCCGAAUGGCUGCAGCUACGGCAGAACCCGAGGAGAUUGGGUUCCAGAUCAGGACUCGGGUGCAGGAACUUGGCCAUGGGUGUAUCUUUCUUGUGCAAAAAGCUGGAGCUCUCCAGAUUUGCCCUACAGACAGCUACACCAAAAAGGAAUUGAUAGAAUGUGCUCGUGCUGUCACAGAAAAGGUCUCCUUGGUUUUAUCUGCCCUCCAGGCAGGGAACAAAGGCACACAAGCCUGUAUUACUGCAGCCAGUGCUGUGUCUGGGAUAAUUGCAGAUCUGGAUACCACUAUUAUGUUUGCUACUGCUGGAACCCUUAAUGCUGAGAACAAUGAUUCAUUUGCAGAUCAUAGGGAAAAUAUCCUGAAAACAGCAAAAGCUUUAGUUGAAGACACGAAAUUGUUGGUUUCUGGUGCUGCCUCAAGUCAGGACAAACUGGCCCAAGCAGCUCAGUCAUCAGCUAACACCAUCACUCAGCUUGCUGAGGUAGUAAAACUGGGAGCAGCUAGCUUGGGAUCUGAUGAUCCUGAAACACAGGUUGUUCUGAUCAAUGCUAUCAAGGAUGUUGCAAAGGCCCUUUCUGAUCUCAUUAGUGCUACCAAAGGAGCUGCCAGCAAACCAGCAGAUGAUCCAUCCAUGUACCAGCUGAAAGGUGCUGCCAAGGUCAUGGUAACAAAUGUCACAUCCCUCUUGAAGACUGUUAAAGCAGUAGAAGAUGAAGCUACUCGAGGGACAAGAGCCCUUGAGGCCACAAUUGAGUACAUCAAACAGGAGCUCACGGUAUUUCAGUCGAGUGAGGUUCCAGAAAAGACAUCAUCACCUGAAGAAUCAAUCCGGAUGACGAAAGGGAUCACCAUGGCAACUGCCAAAGCUGUUGCAGCUGGGAACUCGUGCAGGCAGGAGGAUGUGAUCGCUACAGCAAACCUGAGCCGCAAAGCAGUAGCUGACAUGCUAACAGCUUGUAAGCAAGCAUCGUAUCACCCAGAUGUGAGUGAAGAAGUUCGGGAGAGAGCCCUGCGCUUUGGAACAGAAUGUACCCUGGGAUACUUGGAACUCCUGGAGCAUGUUCUCCUGAUUCUUCAAAAAGCAACUCCAGAGCUAAAGCAUCAGCUGGCCUCUUUCUCCAAGCGGGUUGCAGGUGCUGUCACAGAGCUUAUCCAGUCAGCAGAAGCAAUGAAGGGGACAGAGUGGGUGGAUCCAGAAGACCCAACAGUCAUUGCAGAGACAGAGCUGUUAGGGGCUGCAGCAUCAAUUGAGGCUGCAGCAAAGAAGUUAGAGCAGCUGAAACCAAGAGCCAAGCCCAAGCAAGCAGAUGAGACUCUGGAUUUUGAAGAACAGAUCCUAGAAGCAGCUAAAUCCAUUGCAGCUGCUACCAGUGCCCUUGUGAAGUCAGCUUCAGCAGCCCAGAGGGAACUGGUGGCUCAGGGAAAGGUUGGAGCAAUCCCUGCAAAUGCAGCUGAUGAUGGACAGUGGUCUCAGGGACUUAUUUCUGCUGCCCGAAUGGUGGCAGCUGCAACCAGCAAUCUCUGUGAAGCAGCAAAUGCCUCAGUUCAAGGCCAUGCUAGUGAGGAGAAACUCAUCUCAUCUGCCAAACAAGUUGCAGCUUCUACAGCGCAGUUGCUUGUGGCUUGCAAAGUGAAGGCUGAUCAUGACUCUGAAGCCAUGAGGAGGCUACAGGCUGCAGGAAAUGCUGUCAAGCGUGCAUCAGACAAUCUUGUCAGGGCAGCCCAAAAAGCAGCGUUUGGAAAAGCAGAGGAUGAUGACGUUGUGGUCAAAACAAAGUUUGUGGGUGGCAUUGCUCAGAUUAUUGCAGCCCAGGAAGAAAUGCUGAAGAAGGAGAGAGAGCUGGAAGAGGCAAGGAAAAAACUGGCUCAGAUCCGCCAACAGCAAUACAAAUUUCUACCCACAGAGCUGAGAGAAGAUGAGGGUUAACUGCUAACCUGCUGAGAUUUUUCUUCCUUUUUAUUCUUUUGGGUUUUUUUUCUCUCUUUUUUUUUUAUUUUAAAGAAAUAAGCUAAAGGGGGACAGCACAUUGAGAGCUGCUCUGACAGCAUACUGGUAUGCCAAGCACUUAGCUAAAUAAACUGCGUGUCAUAGCUUUGGAUGAGCAGAGGGCAGUAAACACUGGCUCCUUCCCAUCUGCUCAGCUGAGGUGCAUGAUGAUCAAAUAAUGGUACAGUGUUAUGUUCAUCCUUCCUGUUCCUCCCUCGUUUAUAUCUCAGAAGAGAAUGUUUCACUAUUUACUAAAGAUACGAAGUCAGUAUUAUUGUCACUUUCCUGAUGCUUGAGGUAUUUAUUGUUCCUUGACUAGUUAAGAAACAUUGAUAAUAUUAAGUAGGGAAAGAGUAAAGAAAUAUUUCAUAUGAUAAAUAUCACAUGAGCUGGUGAUUCUUCUCCAAGCACCCUUGUAAAAAGAAGACCACAAUGGAGAAGCAUGUAUGGCCGAGUGGAGAAACACACACGAGUGUGGGUUUGAAGAAGCAGCCUGUCUUCUUUUGGUGUUAUAUAGCUGGUUCACCCCAAAACUGGAAGAAUUGUCUCUGCAGCAGUUUGCACUACUAGUAUUAUUCCUUACCUGACACCAACAAGCUUCUUCUUGUACAAUAUUUAGGUUUACAAAAUGUGGCAAUAGCCAUUCCUUAAAGAGCUCAAAAAACAAAGAAAUGGAAACCUUGUCACUGCCUCAAUAAUAGCAGGUUCAUGAAAGAAAAUGCUGUUUCAGUUAUAUACCUCUAAUGUGUGACUACUUUUACAGUAUUACACACACAUAACACAUGCUCUAACAUUGGACUGAAUAGUUUGCAUUACGUUUUUUAAUUGAAAUUAUCUAACUUGUACUGUGGUAUUUCUGUUAGAAUGUAUCUCAGUUAAAAAA